AUGCAAGGUGGUAUCAGGAGAAAGAAGGACUUGUUGCCCCGCUACAAGAGCUCGAAUGGGAAAUCGGUGCGUGGGGGCUCGAGGCUGCUGACGACGCCAAUGAAAAAAGUGCUGGUGUACGUUUUGGCGCUCAGUCUGGUGUUUGCAAUGAUCAGGAUCGGCUUUUGGGGGUCCAACAAGGAACCCGAGUUGCGACUGGUCGAGAAGACCAUUGCGGACAGUCUCAAACAGAGUUCCGAUGCGGAGUACCCCGGUACGGGGAGCGCAGAUGGAGCGGCGUUCCUGGAUGGCGGUGCCAACGCCAAUGCCAAGCUGGGUGGCAAUGGCAAUGGCAAGGGCGCCAUCGAGGGGAGCGUCAAGGACAAUGCGGAACCCAAGCGAAAAGUCCCCAAGGAACAAUUCAACAACGAGGUUGCGAAACAACAAGAGGUCAAGAAUUUGGAAAAAGAGUACAAACCGCCGGUACCCAAGAACCAGGUAAAUAACGAAGUCAAAAAUAAAAUAGAGACAUAA